AUGCAAGGAGUCACCUACGACUCUUACGGCAAAGAAUCGUACGGUGAAGUCCUAGGCAACACCAACAAGGGAUCCUCUUACUGGGUUUCCCCUGAAGGCCAGAAAUUCACUUUGACCUGGGCCGCUGAUGAAGCUGGAUUCCAGCCCAAAGGUGAUCACUUGCCCGUCCCACCCGUCCACGAAUACGAACUCCCAGUUGCUCCUGUCCACGAAUACGAACUUCCAGUUGCCCCUGCUCUCCCUUAUAUGCGCACUGGACUUGGUUUUUAAAACAUAAGCAUUUCGUAAGUGAUACCUGAUUGAUGCGAACUGUGCAGUUCUAACUUAUUGAUGUUCAAAUAAACGGAAUGGAAACUGAA